AUGGAAGAACAAACUAUAGAUGAUUUGACAGAAGACCUGGUUCUUCAGUGUCUUGCUCGUCUUCACUACAAGGACAUACUUUCCGCAUCGUGGGUCUGUCGUAAAUGGCGUCGUCUUCUACAAACUCGUCAUUUUUACAUGAUCAGGAAACAACUGGGAUAUACGAAUCAACUCGCUUGCUUUCUUCACCAUACUCGUUCUUCGCCACCCGAUUCUAAUUCUGUCUUCAAAUUUGUUAUCAACGUGUUUGACCCGAUGAGUCGUGAGUGGAACCGACUUCCCCCGGUCCCUAAUUUCAUAAAUGAUUUUUAUGUGUCAAUACAGAUUGCUAGCGCCGAAGGAAAAAUUGUUUUGAUUUGCGAUGGUCGUGGUGACCUGGCCACUUCCUUGUUCGUGUGGGACUUUGUGACUCGGCGAUGGUGGAAAGGCAAGGACUUGCCGACAAUUUGGCCAUUCUUCUUCGCGGUGGGUUUUGAUAGUCAGAUAUUCAUAGUAGUUUACAAAGGUAAUAAAUCCAACUCGGUUUGGGCGUAUGAUAUGAGGAAGGACGAGUGGACUGAGUUGCCUCAGAUGAGUCAAAAGAUAAGUUGGUGUCAUGAGUUGAAGGUAAUUGGAGACGAAUUAUGUGUUUUAAAUGGUUGCAACACAAAACACAUUAAUGAACAUUGUGCAGAGGUAUACCAUUUUCAAACUGGAAAAUGGAGACUAGUUGAACGGGAUUUGGAACAAACUAUUGAUUCCUCGAGUCCUUAUUGCUACACUACGUUUGAUUUUCAUGAAUUGCGAAAGGAGUUGCCAGAGUUGAAAUCGAAGUUCAUAUCACACUUUUCUCGAGUCGAAUUGGGUGCACAAAGUUUAGUAAUGGUCACAGCCGUCCAAAACAGCAGACAUGAUUGGGAAGAAAUAUUAUUUAUGCGUUCUCAAUAUGGUAAGUAUGAAAGAAUCCAAACUGUUAGUUCUGAGGCUGCUACAUAUGUUCUAUCAAGUUGUUGUGUAGAAGUUUAA